GUGGUCUCUGCUCAGGAACGGCAAGAUGGGUUGUAUGCUGGAGCUUGACUGCGGCUACGUGGGGGGCAUGGUAGCGGUGAUCGCGCUGAUGAUGAUGACAUGCCUGGCGCUCUUCUACAUCGAACGACGGAUGAGGAGGCGGUACCCCGGAGCGCCAUAUGGGUUUGAACCGACCGAUCUGCUCUCCGAGCAGGAAAGAUACCAUCUGCGACGAUUCAAAGUGCUCAGAAUGUCAAGCAGCGCGGACAAGGUCAACGCUACUCAGAUGAUACAUGGAACAGCAGGGGAGCACACAACCGAUCGGACAACCGAAGUCAAACACUUGUUUGAGAUCGCUGUUGGAGCUACCAUUGAGGUGAUCAACACAAGAAGUUGGGGAUGGCAAGGCAGUCUGAACCAUCAGAACGCAUGGUUUCACUUUCUGAGCAAAGAAAAGUCUCUCAUUCAAACGGGAGAUGCAGUGACGGUCAAGGAGCUCAUGCACGAGUCGAUGUCUUGGAAAGGAUUGUGCAGGGGGGUGGAAGCAAUCUAUUCGUUACCUCUCAGAGAUGAUUCCAAAUGGAUGAUGAAUGAACGGAACAUAAACAUCUCUGAAAUCGCUUUGGCUACGUGAUGUGCAUUACUUUAGUGAAAUGAAGAACUCGUCCGGAGGGAUACUUUAACGCGGAUAAAGGAUAUUGUUUCGCGGGCUGAAACGUUUGAAAAUAACGAGAUGGCAGGGAAAUUUGCUUUCUCAAAAUGAUUCAAUUCAUAUACUAUUUGU